AUGGAAAUUCCUAGUUAUACUUCGAAUAAAUCGAUUAAAAUUUCAAUGUGUGGAAAUAAAAUAAGCGUGAUUCGUCCGUUACCAGCGGAAGUUGUAAAGAAAAUCGCAGCUGGAGAAAUAAUAGCAAGACCGAGUUCAGCAAUAAAGGAAUUGAUAGAGAAUAGCGUAGAUGCAGGCGCUACUGAGAUUCGAGUUAACUUAAGCUCAAACCCCUUAGACUUUUGUGAAAUAAUAGACAAUGGUUCAGGAGUCUCCGAAAAAGAUCUGAUGAUAAUCUGUCAACGUUACACCACCUCUAAAACGACAGACUCCAUUGAAGGGGUGAGAAGCCUGGGUUUCAGAGGAGAAGCACUUUCGUCACUGUCCCAGAAUUCCCAUGUUACCAUUUCGUCCAGAACUGAAAAUGAAAAUAUGAGAACAGUAAUGACAUAUUCAGAAUGUGAGCCAGUUUUAGAUGAGAUUAGAUACGAAGAAGGACCUAGAGGGUUCCACCUCAAGUAUGAAAACUUGUUUUACAACUACGAAAUUAGGUCUAAAAGCCUGCUCUCCAAUAUUAACUCCGAGUUCAUAUCUUGCUUACACCUAGUCCAGAAGUAUUCAAUACACUUCCCAAAUAUCAAUUUUGUCUUCAAUAGAACCAGCUCACCAAUUCUGGAUCUAAACAACUUAAAUAAUGUAUCCUCUCAGCAGAGUUCAGGUUCCGGCUCAGGAGACUCUUGUUCAAGUCAACCUAACUGUAAUUUUAGCACCUCAUCUAGAUUUGACGACUAUGACUCCUCAGAUGAUGAACUUGAUAUAACACUGACACAGAAACUAGAGUACGAUUAUCAUUAUUUUACGAAAAUGUACGAUGACCCCAAAAGCGAUGACCUUAGAACUGAGUACAUCAGAAACGUGGAAAAGGUUAGCUUCGACUGUUUGAGGGUUAUUAAAGAAAACAUAAAGAGAAUCUAUGGAUUAAAAGUUAGUAAUGUCUUGCAGGAAGUGGUUUUUAACAACUUUGAUGAUUUAUUCUUUAACUGCAAAGGACUCAUAUCACACCCAAACCAGCCUUGUAAACUUGACAUGUUCAUACUAUUUGUUAACAAUAGACUAAUAGACCUGCCUAAUUUAAGGAGGAUGAUUUUUAACACCUACAACGACAUCACUAACAACAGGUACAGGAGAUUCGUUUACUUAUCCAUUUUCGUUCCCUACGACCAAAUCGACUCGAACAUCCAUCCGACGAAAAAGAGAAUAAUGAUAGAAAACCAAGCCGAAAUUGUGGAACAAAUCACAAAGUUUUUCCACGAUAAAAUCACCGAACUCAUUAAGUCUGCAACCACCUCUACAUCCUCUGAAACCUCUAUUAAAAUUAUACAAGAUUACAAAUCCUCAUCUGAAUAUGUCAAUAAAUUUAAGGAAAGGGGAGUAAAGAGACAGCCUGAUAUUUCAUAUUUCAAUAGUCAGAUAUAUGAAACUUCAGUUGGCACUGACUUCAUUGGUAUAGUUGAUUACCACAGCUCAGGAUCAGAUAGCGAAUGUGUACGAGAAGUACCUGAAGUAAUUAACAGCCCUGAUAGGGAGAAGUUCUUUCUACCAUACUAUACUACAACAACUGCUGCAGGAUCUCCUGUAUCAACACAAUUGGAAACUGAAACUAACAAUAGAUUGUCAAAUGAUCUUUAUAAUUCCCAAGAUACCACUGACAUGCUUGACAUAGUUCCAGUUUCAAAUCCAAUUCACUCAACUCACCUAUCUCACACCUUUCGUCCAACCCAGUUAUGCCAUACACUAAAUUCAACUGGGGUAAAGUUUAAAAGCCAAGAGUUUGAGACUGAGAACGAUUGCGGAUUGGAUUUUGACGAUGAAGCUGAAGAAAACGAGUUUCUUAAUGACCCUAAUCUGAUUGAAAGCUUCGACUACAACAGGCUAAGAGUUGAGAAAAUGCAGAAAAUCAGUAAUCUUUCGUACAAUCAAAUCGACGAUGCUAGAAAGCUGGGCAGAUUUUACACAAUGAAGGAAGUUCAAACGCUCCAAAAGCCCAUAUAUUGCUUUAGGAUGGUUGAUGAGAUAAUCCAGAAUAAGGAUGAGGAUUUGACUAAGGUUGUUUUGAGCUCCAAUUACAUUGGCGUGAUCGACAAGUCUUACGUCUUGGUUGAGUACGACGGAGGCCUCUAUAUGAUGAACGUGCUAACAGUAUCGAAAGAGUGCUGUUACCAGAGUAUCAUUUGGCGACUUGGAAACAUUCCGACCUAUGAGCUGAUCAUGCCUGUUUCACUAGUCAGGCUACUUUCUCACGCAAUUCACAAGUAUUAUUCGGAGUAUGAGGUCUCAGACCUCGUCAAUCCCAGGACCAUUAAGAUACUCAAUGUUUUGUUCGGGUUCCAAAUCAAGAAUAUGAUGGUCUACAAGAUUCCUGACCUGCUAAACGGUUAUUUUUCAGGAGAGGAAUAUUUGCCAGACUUAAUGUAUAGCAUUUUCAUAAUUAAGCAGCCAUCUCUCAAGGAUCUCGUCACUCAAAUUGCCAAAGCAAUUUCUUUUUAUUACGUCCAACCCCCUCUUGAUUUGCUUGAGGACGACAUUGACUGGAACUAUCAACAGUUUAUGCAUAGGAUUUUGUACUCUACUUGCCAGAAAUUCCUUGACCUCUCGAUUCCACAGCGGUACUUUCGUCCACUCAUGAUUUUCUCAGGUUCAAUAACAACGGCGCCCUUAUUAAGUUAUCUAGCAUGA